AUGUUGCAGCCGAAACAUUCUUCAGCGUUCAUCGCCUUUUCAUACAUAUCUAUCUAUCUAUCUAUCUAUCUAUCUAUCUAUCUAUCUAUCUAUCUAUCUAUCUAUAUUUCUUAUGUUAAUGCUCUUAUUGUGAAUAAUUAUUUUCGAUUGAAGAGAUUUCUUUCUUGCUUCCCACAUCUAUCUCAAAUUUAUAGUAAUGUGUCUGUUACCUUAAGCACGUUUGACAUCCCAUUUGUCGGCCACUUUCUUCUUCUUCUUCUUCUUCUUCUUCUUCUUGUCGUUCUUCAUCACUUUCCCUUUUUUUUAAAAACUCGUUCAACUCAGUUCUGUUUUCUUUUCUUUUUUCUUUUACCUCCUCCUCCUCAUUUUCCAUUCCCCUUUUCUUCUCUUCAUUCUUUCUUUUUUUUUCCCUUUGUCUUUCCCUUUCCCCCCUUCACUUUCUUUCUUUCUUUUCUGCUUUUUUUCAAAUGUUCUUCCCCAUUCCUUUCCUUUGCUCCAAUCUCCUCUGCUGGACGCGAACUCGACUAUCGUCAGGAACACGGAAACGAACAAAUUUUCAUAUUUUGGCCGCCGCAGGGUUGGGGAGGGUAA